GACCUUUCAAUAUAGCAGACAAUAUGUCACUUGUCUGGAAUGAUUUCGGCUGGGACAAGGUCUCAAAUCUAAUAUAUGUGGAUCAGCCAACUGGAACUGGUUUCAGUUAUAGUUCUGACGAGGAUGACAUUCGUCACGACGAAAGGGGUGUAAGCAAUGAUCUUUAUGACUUCUUGCAGGCCUUCUUCAAGGCACAUCCACAGUAUGAAAAGAACGAUUUCUACAUCACUGGAGAAUCAUAUGCUGGGCAUUACAUUCCUGCAUUUGCUUCUCGGGUUCAUCAAGGUAACAAGAACAAGGAAGGAACUCACAUAAACCUUAAGGGAUUUGUUAUUGGUAAUGGACUCACUAAUCCAGAAAUUCAGUACAAAGCCUACACUGACUAUGCAUUGGAUAUGAGAUUGAUCAAAAAAGCUGAUUACAAUGCCAUAGACAAGUCAUACCCAAAAUGUCAACAGGCUAUUAGGCUUUGUGGAACUGAUGGUGGAAGUGCAUGCAUGGCUGCAUAUCUUGUUUGCACAAGCAUCUUCAACAAAAUUAUGGAUGUUGUGGGUGACAAAAAUUACUAUGAUGUCAGGAAGACUUGUGCUGGUGACCUCUGCUACGACUUCUCCAAGAUGGAAACUCUCCUCAACGAUGAACAAGUUAAGCAUGCCCUUGGUGUCGGGGGUAUUGAUUUCGUUUCGUGCAGUUCUACAGUUUACCAGGCAAUGCAAUUGGAUUGGAUGAGGAAUCUUGAAGCUGGUAUUCCUCCACUUCUUGAGGAUGGCAUCAAGCUACUUGUCUACGCGGGGGAAUAUGACCUUAUCUGCAAUUGGCUUGGGAACUCGAGAUGGGUGCAUGCAAUGGAAUGGUCUGGGCAGAAAGACUUUGGGGCAGCCCGAUCCGUACCCUUUACAGUAGAUGGUGAAGAGAAAGGAAUUCAAAAGAACCAUGGGCCUCUGACUUUCCUCAAGGUCCAUGAUGCAGGUCACAUGGUUCCAAUGGAUCAACCUAAGGCAGCACUGGAAAUGCUCCAGAGGUGGAUGCAAGGGAAAUUAUCUAAGGAAGGUCACUUUGCUCAUAUGUAACUUCUUCAACGAAUGAGCCACAAUACAAAGACACAAUAACAGUUUUACAAGUUCUUAUGUGGUUCCAGGAAAUGAUACUAAUCAUGUAAAUACACUUCACCAUUUCAUGUUAUCCUACACCUAGUUUGAGGAGAAUGGUGUUCUUUCUGAGGUUACACUAAGCAUUAAAUGUUGAAGAACCACAAUCCAACUCUUUUAAAUUGUUAAUUUUACCCGA